UACCUCUUGACUCAGAAUGACAAAUAUUACAACGUGUAAAUUGCACGCUCGUGCUCUAAAUUUGGAACUUGGUCAUGUGACAUAAACAAAGAAAAUGGCAGAGGCUGUUCGUGUGAAACGCAAAAGCAAGGAGAAGAAGAAACAAGACGAGACUACCCUUGACCCAGAUGAUGAUCUCACAGAAGGAAUUCCUGAUAUUGAUGGCCUAGAAAACCUGCUAGCAGAGCAAACAGGUAGUAAAGAAAAAGACAAUGAUAUAAAAACAGUGGAAAAGGAUGAUGCAAGUAAGAGUACAAAUGCAGAGAUUAAAACCGCAGAUAAAAAAGACAAUGUUGAUAAUGAUAUUAAAGAAGAAGGAGACAAAGUUGUGCAAACUGAAGUAAAGGAAACAGCUGAAACUGAUCAUGAAGCUACAGACAGUGCACAAGAACAAACUGAGGAAAAACCAACUGAAAACAUUGUUGAGAAUAGAACAGAUUUAAGAUUUGAAGAAGAUACUAGCAAAAACAUAGACAAUGAAGCAGUUACAAAACCAGAGGAAGCUGUUUCAAAACCAAAGGAAGACAUUGGCACACCUGUAGAUUUUGAAGUGGAGAAUGAGUUAGUUGGAUAUAAAGUUGAUGAAGUACCUGUACAUCUGCCUCAACAACAUCUCUAUCCUGACCUAUCAGAGCAGCUGCAACAGUUUAUCAAAGAAAAUGAACUGACCACAUCACAGACAAUGGACAAUGUUCCUGUUGUUGAAGUACAAAGUUCAGCUCCCAUGGAGGAGGACAUUCGUCCAAGAGAAGCUGAGCAAAGGCCACAACCUAAGGUUGAAAGAAGGAAAGAGUUGCAGCCCUUGACACCAGAACAGCUUACAUCUUUAUAUUAUAAUCCAAGACUGGAAAAUAAUACUGCUUACAUUGAUAGAUUUGUACAGAUGGAGAUGAAGAGAGAAAACCAUGAGUUUUAUGAGAUUUUAAUGAGUUAUCAGAGAGCACGUAAACAUUUACUGCAGUGUGAGGCAGCCUUAAAUACUUACGAGGAAAGUUAUAGACAAUCACAAGGUGAAAUUUGGAUAACAGAGACAAAAUCACAAACUGUUAAAGGUGUUUGUGGGGACCAAGUUAAUUGUGUUGGAAUGCAUAGCUACAAUCAGGUAAAACUGGACUAUAAUGCCCUGUCUAGGAUGACCUUGAACUUGAAGAACAUACAAGAUCAGAUACACAAUGAACUAGCUCUUCAUUCAUACUCCUCUCAACUUUCAAAAUUACAAGUGGAAUCUUAUAUUCACAAUUUGUUUGUUACUUCACCAGUUCUCAGAGAUAUUCCAAAAAAUCUACCUGUAAUAGCAUGUGAGAGACAGAAUCCUAAUGCUGUACAUCAGGUACAGAAACUACUGGACUGUUUGUCUAUAUUGUUUACAUUCCAUCGUCUUCCUAUAGAUGAUAUAGAAAUGUUGGAAAAUUUACAACAAUGGACUGAAAGAAUGGUUGCGGCAUUGUUGCGUGUAGGAACAUUUGAAGAUCACCUGUACAUAUUAAACCAGAUAAUGAGAUGUCCAUCAGGGAUAGGAUCAUGGGCCUCUCAUUUUGUACAGACUCCACCAAUACCAACAAAUGAAGAUUACUCACCUCUGGUAUUUGGAAAUGUUUACCUUGAUCAUAUCAUUACAGGAUUGUCCACAGUGUUAAUUCCUACCAGUUACCGUAGUGAAUUUAUGUGUAAGAUGCAGAAAAUGUUGACAACAGGAAAGGAUAACAAAAAUCUAUCGUGGGUUAUGGUAGAUUCUGAUGGGGAAGAGGAUGAAGAUCCCCAGAGUUCUUGGGUAUAUCUACAUGAAAAUGAUGUAGUGGCUAUCCUCAAACAACUCCCAUUGGCUGCUAUAUUUAGACACAUAUUCUUUAUCGUCCAAUCACAAACUGGAGAGACAUACGAGUAUGAUAUAAAGAAGACAACAGAGUCUACCAUGUAUCGUGUAUUUGCUUUCUGUACAUGUCUAAUACGGAUAUUAGGAAAUGGGUUGAGAACAUACAGUAUGGCACGGUAUAGACAACUAAACAAAAGGCUUGGCAGAUUGAUCAGACAAUGUGUACAGUUUGUAUCGGACCAUUGGGAGAAUUUUAGCGAGGCUAAUCAGGGGAUAAUGCCAGUACAGGCACUACAGAAACUUCAGGUGGAAUAUGAUGCUUUCUUUAUGAGAGCUGUCAACUUCAUCCACAUGUCACAAAGGUUAGGGUCAUGGCAGUUUAUAGCAGACAUGCCAUUUGGAAGGAUUUCUAAGGAAACAAUGUGGAAAAUUCUCUGGCUUCUACACCAAGGUCAUGGCCGCUCCUUUGAAAUUCAUGAAAUACCGUCAGCCCAGGAAUGCAUUAACUUUGUCAAAGAUGCAUCUUGUAGUAGCCAGUUAUCUGACAUAUUACAGAGGGUACCAGCCUCCGAGGGCAUUUACCUCCUAAAUACCAUGACAAACAUGACAGAAAGUUGUUCCUCAGCUGAUAUCACCUUUAUAGAAACAGUUACCAUGUCAGUGUUUGAGGUGUCAUACAUCUGUCCAGAAACUAGGGAUGUAUGUUCUAAGAUGGGGAGAGAAUUACUAUCGGCAGUCAUCACAUGUCAUCCAUUUAUGUUAUCUGUAUUAACACAGAGGGUACAUGAAUACAUGGACAAACUUGGACAGAUGGGUUUAUACCUGUAUAAAGGAAUCAACAUGGAGACGUGGUUACCUACAGAUUCUGACCUGGGAAUUUUACGUCAGUGGCUACUCAACACUGCCCUUGGCUCACCAGCUAAUCUUAUUGCACAGGAAAUCCUGAGUAAUAUCAACUGGGGACACUCAUCUAGGGGCGAUAGAUUAAUGGUUCCAUGGAGGGUACAUAAACAGGUGGCUGUUCUUGUUGUAGAAGCAUAUCAACAGUUUAUCUUUGGUAAAAACCUGGGCUCAAUGAUAAUGGAGGGUGUCAAACAGGUAUCAGCAGCAGUACAGCAAUACAUGACAUUAGAACAAGAGUUUAAUACAUGGUGCUGGGACUUGUUGUUGAAAUUAUCCUUACAUAGAGGUAGUCUACCACAACAUGAUCGUAGACUAGAGACUAGCCUCGGUGAUACACCUGAUGUUAAUAGUGAUGAUACAUUACUGCCUCUGUGUAAAGGCAUCAAAGAGAAAAACCCAACAGCUUGUUAUGUUACACUCAUGCUCACUAGAUAUGGACAUAGUAUUGGAGAGAUUAUAUCGGAAGGUGUGGCACUUCUACAAGUAUUGACAGAGGCAGGUUUAUUCAAGCCAGCUAUCAGUGUCAUAUAUUACCUCCUCCCCUUGUUUGUUGACUGUCAGAAAUCUAUCAUAGACAGUGUCAGGUUUCAAGGGAUGUUACUGUCUAUUCUACAAGCAGAUGACUCAUAUUUUCGUGUUGCAAAAGGUCUGUUGUCAUAUGAGUUUCCGGGACCAAUCACAAACCUCUUCAUUUCCAUGAUACAGGUAUGUCACUGAACAUAAUAUAAUUAUGUUUCUGUAAUUUUCUAUAAGAA